UUCAUUCCAUGACCAGUCUAUAUCUAAGGACUUGGGUGCUAUUCAAAGUGCUUCCAGAGUGCUCAAGUGGGAACAUCUCCAGUCUCAUUGGCACGGUCGCCUUGGUGAAAACUUGAAUAAACUUGUUGCUAUUGGGUGGAACUCGAUCGACCGAUAGUCAACAUCUCCAAUUGCCAAUUAAACGCCAUCCCUUCCACUCGAUCCAAGUAUCUCUACACCAAAUGCAUAUCUAAGCACAGUGCCUCUACCAGGAAGUGAUAUCAAAAAGUCUCAGUGGGGCUCAUUAUGCCUGAUUUUGGAACCAUGAACGUGAAUGAAAAGAAGGCUGUUGUGGCGAACAAAGCCAAUCCCUUGAACACAACUCCCCAAGGACUUGAGGCGAAUCCCGAAAAUUCCUCCUCCAGACCUUGGGCCAUGGACGGUGGAAACUCAGAAGACCUUGAGGCCCCUAAAGAUCCAGGGGCCCUUAAACAUCAUGCUGGCCUAACUGAUACAGAAAUUGACGGCCAUCGCAAUGUCUAUGUGGGGAUCCAUAUUCCCGGAAGAUCUAGCCGGAGACCCGGGAGCAACAAGGGAGCACGAACGCAUCAUCGUCAUAAGAAUCGCCAUUUGAAAGGCGCAUCCGAGGCCAACCGACCAGCCCCGUCAAAAGGAUCCAGUCCACCAAUCACUCCACCCGCGCAAAGAGUCCAAUUCAUAUUGGGUGAAGACCACGAUGACAACGGCCAUGAACCGCAUCCGUUGUUUUCUGAAAUGGAAGAGCUGUUCCUGGAUGAGAAUGGAGAAAUGGAGUGGAAAGAAACAGCGAGAUGGGUCAAAUUCGAAGAGGAUGUGGAAGAAGGUGGAAAUCGAUGGUCCAAACCUCACGUGGCCACUCUAUCCCUUCAUUCUCUUUUUGAGCUUCGACACAUGCUGCUCAAUGGAACGGUUUGCUUGGAUAUGUCGGCGGGGAAUCUGGACGAUAUCGCUGAACUAACUUUGGACAACAUGGUCAAUGCUAAUCUGUUGCCCUACGACAAGAAGGUUUUUGUGAAGGAUGCCAUUCUGAAGAAACAUCGACAUCUGUACGAGAAGCAGUCGAAACAUGGGGAGAGCUCGAGCUCGAAUAUCUCCAAGUUGCCGUUGAUUCGAUCCUUGGCAGAUAUCGGUCGGAACCACUCCUCAUCCAAGACCGUGUCUUCAGAGCCCGCCCGCUCCUCUCCUCCUGAAGAGGGCGGGAUCGUGUCCACGACAGUUGAGGCACUUGACGGCCACGACCAGAGCGCUGUGGGUGGUGGGGGCGGAGGCAAUGGUUCGCACCAUCUCUUAAGCCUUCCCUCCAGCGGUAUUGGUGGUGCUCCUGGAUUCAACAAUGGAAAUGGAGACGAUCCUCCUAAUCGAAGCCACAAGAGUGACGCCGAAAUCAAUGGCAACGAAAGCACCAACCAGAUCAGCGGCAAGAUGAACACGCACUUCAUGAAGAAGCUCCCUAAAGGAGUCGAGGCCUCGAAUAUUCUGGUGGGUGAAUUGAACAUUCUGGAUAAGCCGCUCUCCGCAUUUAUUCGUCUGAGUGAGGCCGUCUUCUUGGGUGAUUUGACAGAGGUCCCUGUUCCAACUCGAUUUAUCUUCAUUCUUCUGGGACCACCCGGUGACAAUGUGACGAAUGUGGGUCGAUAUCACGAGAUUGGUCGAGCUGUAGCCACCAUCAUGUCCGAUGAAGUGUUUCACGACGUGGCCUAUAAAGCGAAGAAGCGUGAACAUCUUUUGGCAGGAUUAGACGAGUUCCUGGACGCGGUCACGGUUCUUCCUCCGGGUGAAUGGGAUCCCUCCAUUCGGAUCGAGCCUCCGCAAUUGGUUCCUUCCCAAGAGAACCGCAAGAAACCCAAGAAAGAAGAGGAGAAAGUGGAUGAGGAGGAAGAGGAGCGAAAACAGAGAGAAGAGACUGGUUUAGUCCGAACGGGACGUCUCUUUGGAGGCUUGAUUAACGAUGUCAAGCGAGUAGCCCCAUUUUACCUUUCGGACUUCACGGAUGCCAUUUCCGUUCAAUGUAUCGCAUCGUUCAUUUUCAUUUACUUUGCUUGUUUGACCCCCAUUAUCACCUUUGGCGGCAUGUUGGGAGACGCCACGGAAAACCGAAUAGCAGCCAUUGAAUCACUUGUGUCCGGAUUUGUGGUGGGCGUGGUCUAUGGAUUAUUUUCCGGCCAGCCCCUGACCAUCUUGGGCUCAACCGGACCCAUCCUCGUUUUUGAAACCAUCCUCUACGACGCUUGCAGGAAACUCGAAUGGGAAUACCUACCUUUCCGGUUUUGUGUCGGAAUUUGGGUGGGCUUCUUCUUGUUGCUACUCGUGGCCACGGAUGCCAGUGCUUUCGUGUGUUACAUCACGCGAUUCACGGAGGAGAACUUUGCCACCUUGAUUGCGUUCAUUUUCAUUAAAAAGGCAAUUGAGAAGCUAAUGCACAUCUCGGACAACCAGCCCAUCCACGAGUCGGAUUGCUUCUGUAAACCGAACCAGAAAGAUCUCCUACCCAUUUACGGAACAUCCUCUGAUUUCCUGGCAUUCAAUGAGACUAAACCCUUCGUUUUCCCAUGUGAAUUCACCUCCACAAAUGGAACUUUGGUAAUGGGAGUCCAAUCGGUUGGCUGCCAUUACUAUCCCAACGCCUACUUGAUGAGUGUCCUCCUAUUUGUUGGCACGUUCUUAAUCGCCUAUCACCUCAAGAACUUCAAAACGGCCACUUUCUUCCCAACCAAUGUUCGAGCCACGAUCUCAGAUUUCGCAGUUAUCAUCGCCAUCUUCUCCAUGACCUUGACCGACUAUCUUGUGCGAGUGGACACACCCAAAUUGAUGGUGCCCAGCACACUUCGGCCCACUUGGAGUGGACGUGGCUGGCUGAUCCACCCCGUUGGGAACAAUCCCUGGUUUACACCCAUUGUGGCCAUGUUCCCGGCCAUUUUGGCAACCAUUCUCAUCUUCAUGGAUCAACAAAUCACCGCUGUCAUUGUGAACAGAAAGGAGCACAAGUUGAAGAAAGGAAGCGGCUAUCACUUGGAUCUUUUGAUAGUCAUGAUAUUGAUCAUAUUCUGCUCCAUCUUCGGCCUACCUUGGUUUGUGGCAGCCACUGUGCUCUCUAUCAACCACGUCAAGUCCUUGACCCGCGAAUCCGAGUGUGCCGCCCCCGGCGAGAAGCCCCAAUUCUUGGGCAUUCGGGAACAACGAGUCACCCACGUAUUAAUCUUCAUCUUCAUUGGUGUCUCUGUGUUCCUGGGUCCCAUGCUGAAGCAUAUUCCAAUGCCAGUGUUGUACGGAGUCUUCUUGUAUAUGGGUGUGGCUUCACUGAACGGAUUGCAAUUCUUCGAUCGACUGUUGUUGUUCUUUAUGCCGAAAAAAUACCAGCCGGAUUUGCCUUACUUGAGGCGCGUGCCCAUAAAUCGGGUCCACUUAUUCACGUGUGUCCAAUUUGCGUGUCUCGUCGGCCUUUGGAUCAUUAAGGACAUCAAGGAGACGUCAAUCCUCUUUCCAAUAAUGUUGGUUGUCAUGAUGGGUGUUAGGAAGUCGCUGGAUUUGGUCUUCAGCAAGACAGAACUCAAGAUCCUGGAUGACAUCCUUCCCGAGUUUAAACGCCGUGAGAAACUGAACAAAGAGGAACUUGAUUCCGAGGUGGAUCCAGAUUAUGAGGCGGGGCUCGAGAAACGACGAGCCAGUCUCCGUUACACCGAGUCUAGCGUGGAGGUUCCUCUGGCCAAUGGGAAUAUCAUGAAGAUCCCCGUGGAUUCGGACAUCAACAUUUCGGAGGAGAUGAACAAAAGUGGGGUGUGGAAAAGCUUUGAAGGAAGCAACUCGGGAGCUGAUAUCUCCGAAGGCAACCAAGGGGCAUCGUCACUGAAGAAGCGUAAGUCGUCCGCCAAACGCAUGAGUGUUGUGACAGAGGAUGAAGAGGACGCUGGUAUUCGUAUUAAGAUCGAUCGUCCCAAAUCCGAGCAUGGAACGGACGAAGAGCUCCGUCAAUUGGUGAAGAAUGAAAACGACGACGAGACAGUAGUGUAAAAGAAUCGCCCAUUUUUUUUUUCUGUUGUUUAAGAAGAACAUUUGGGGCAGGUUUCACGACAAGGUGCUUAGAUUCAUAGUACUGUACAAUACUUUUCGCUGUAUGUAAA